UUCCAUAGUCUAGUAGGACUGUAGGAGGAGAAGGAAAGCAAAAUUUCCCGGCCCCAAAAUCUAUAUAACGCAUUCCCACUAGUACGGAGUUGCCAGAUUCACCGGUAUUCUCUAUCGCCGUCUUUCUUGCGCCCCAAGUUUACAGCAACAAUGGUGAAAACCAGCGAUGACGUAGUGAUCGGAAUCGAUCUCGGGACGACCUACUCCUGCGUCGCUAUCUCCCGCUACGGCAAGACGGAAAUCAUAGCAAACGACCAGGGAAACCGCACCACCCCUUCCUCCGUCGCCUUCACCGCCGCCCCCAACCCCGAGCGCCUCAUCGGCGACGCCGCCAAGAAUCAGGCUGCUCUCAACCCUCGCCGCACAAUCUUCGACGCCAAGCGCCUGAUCGGGAAGAAAUUCGACGAUCCGGAGGUCCAGAGCGACAUCAAAUUCCUGCCCUACCCUGUCGUCAACUGAGAAUAAUUGAGAGAUGAGAGGUUUUUGUGGAAUGAUUUUCUCAUUGCCUUUUGCAGCAAUGCUGCUGUAUUAUGUACAGAGUAAAACGAGCUACAGGACAAACUACCAAUAACCGUCUCAUCCAUCUAAACUUGGACAAGUGGCUAUCUCGUACUAGCUACAGCUAAUAACAACAAAAGACUAAAAGCUGUACAACCUAUAAACAAAACGCUAUCGU